AUGACAAGCGAUCAUGUGGUAUCGGGCCACGGAACUAUCCAUGCGCCAUUAAUGGAGUUGAGAAACAGCCGUUUGUAUACCAGGCUUCCCUGGAAAUGCAAGUCCUACUGUCAUCGCAACAUCCAAGGAGACAAGACUUGCUCUGCCAGCAACACCUUGGUAGAACCACUUCAUAUCAUGUACCAACCAACACCAAACAGUUGCGAUGGCCAUUUGCCGGUGACGUCGUGCUCCAACCUCCAAAACCUGUUACUGUGUAUGUACUGA